AUAUCUGAUAGAUUUGACGUCGCCAAAUCGACAGCGUGGGAGUGUGUGCUGGACGUAUGCUGGUUCAUUUGCUCGCGUGUGCACGACUUUAUACGAUGGCGGACAAGGGAGGAAAUGAUCAACAUUUCCAGAGAAUUUGAAAAUAUGGCUGGAAUUCCUGAUGUUAUUGGGGCUGUAGACGGAUGCCAUAUCCCUAUAAGUGCUCCCACAGAUCAUCCGGAAAGUUACAUAAAUCGCCACGAUUAUCAUUCCAUACUUUUGCAAGGGAUUUGCGAUCAUGAAAGACGCUUUACUGAUGUCUUUGCAGGAUGCUGUGGAAGUUUACACGAUGCGAGAGUCUUGCAGAGAAGUCCCAUUAAUCAAGAGAGUACUGAUCAUUACAACGACUAUUUUCCAAAUCAGACUCACAUACUUGGUGACAAAGCUUAUACGCCGCAAUUUAAUGUAUUGCCACCGUAUAAAGAUUAUGGAAAUUUAACACCAGUGCAAAGGAACUUCAAUUUUCUUCAUUCACAAACGCGCCAAAUCAUUGAACGGACUUUUGCAUUGCUGUUAUCCCGCUUCAGACGAUUGAAAUAUUUAUAUCUGCAGAAUAUUGAAUACGCGGCCCUUAACGUCUUAGCUUGUUGUUGCUUGCACAAUUUGUGUCUCAAUUUAAAUGAUGAACUGGAUGACGAUGACAAAAUGAAUUUUGAAUCUAUUCGAGGAAUGAAAGGAAACGUCAAUUAAUCGUCAACGUGCCUUGAGAAGUCGAGCUUUUCUGUGCCUGCUAAUAAUCUGUGUCUCGAGCUUGGAUGUCGACAUUCUUGGCAGCGUUAACAA